AUGCCUGGUAUUACGCAGACGGAUAGCGAGGCGCCACUGCUGAGCGUGAAGAACGUCAAGUGUGUGACGAAUGACGGGCACGCUAUAUUCCAAGGUGCCUCGUUCGACCUGCACGAGGGCGAUAUCGCAGUCUUGCGGGCGAGGUCCGGCGUGGGAAAGUCGACCCUAGUGAAGUGUCUGGCGCAUCUGGGCCUGUACUCAGGCGAAGUCCUCUAUCGCGGCAGGACAGCCAAGUCUAUCGGUGUACCGCGCUUCCGCACGCUCGUGACGUACAUCCCACAGCGCCCGUCCAUGCUCCCCGGCACACCACGCGAGUUUGUGCAGGAGCUCGCCGCGCUGAAAGCGCGGUCGGGUGGUGCGCCGUACGACUAUGUCUUUGAGCGGAUCCUGCGCGUGGCGCGGGAGUGGGAUAUCGACGAUGCUCUCUGGGAUAGGCCAUGGAACACUGUCAGUGGAGGCGAGGCGCAGAGGAUUGCGCUUGCAAUUGGCUUCGGGUGGAACACGGCAGAGGUUCUGCUUCUCGACGAGCCGACUUCGGCGCUUGAUGCGGAAACGAGCGCUAUAGUCGAAGAGACACUCGUUAAAGAAGUACAGGAUCCGGAGUCGUCGCUUAAGGCUAUUGUAUGGAUCACGCACUCUGACGAGCAAGCUAUGCGCGUCGGUACACGAUACCUCCGCCUCACGCCCCACGCGGUCGAAGAGGACAGCUCGUUCAUACCAUCCCGAGCGUCUUCGUCCAUCGGAACGUCGGCGUCGCGUUCACCGUCGAUCUCGUCCAAUCAGAAGCUGUUCAACCACGAUUCGCGGUCGCAGUCUGGGCAUCUGGACGUGUGA